AUGUUGUUACAGGCCCCAAGACCCCAAGUUGAAGAAGAGCUCCCCGCUGUCAUGCGCGCGGCUGAUAUGUUGAGGUACAACCCGAGGAAGUAUGACUUCCGAAGCCAUGUUGCCUCCUUGUUGCAGUGGGCUGGGCCAAAGAUUGGUUUCGGAUCCUAUGGGAGCAGCGAGGAGCUUGAGCUCUUUCAAGCCAAGGAGGAAGUCUUCAGCUCGUUCAAGUACGAGAAACGCCCGAGGCAAUGUAUCCUGGACAGCUCGGACUUCUUGGCAUGCUACGAGCUUCUGCUGAAGGAAGUCAUUUGCCCUCACUUGAAGUCCAAUCUGAUCGAGGAUGGGGAAAUCAAUUUCUGGAUGCCGUUGACGGACUACAGCCGCACACAGACGACCCUUUGGGUGGAGUCCGGGCCAAACACCGGAGAUUUUCAUCCACUCGCGUUGGAUGUUGGGAGAAUUGCCAUGUUUCAUGGGACCUUGGUGCGACAUUACGCCCCACCCAAUCCAACCAAGUGCCUGAGAGUCUCAAUGGAUUUUCGGGUGGGCAUUGGAAAAUACUAUGACCCUGACUGGAAAUUGGAGGGGUUGCAGCACUACCACGGCCGGCUCAAGAUUGUUCUGUGA